AUGCCGAUUUGCAGAAGGUUCUGGAUAAUCAUAAUUACAGUAAAUUCAUUUUUCAAUUACUAUAAAUUUCUUCUCAAUUUAGAGCCAGAAUGUGUAUUCAAUCAGACUGUAUUAACCUCUGAAACCAUCAAAUUAUUCCCAAAAUGCGAAGAUGUUUAUGCGAUAAUUGUAAUCAAUGAAAAAACUGACUUGACUUCUAGUCAGAUCAAGACAUAUUUCAAGAAAAUGGAAAUGUUACUUGGAGGAUUCAGAAUUGAGAACUCGAAUUUGACGGACUUAGCUUUUCUGACGAGGCCAAAAGAAUAUUCGUUUACAGUCUGGUGUGAAUCAUACGGUGUCUUUAUAAGAAACAACAGUAACCUAAAAUCAGAGUUCAAGUUACCAGCAAUUUAUAUAUUGGGAAAUGAAAAUGGAACCAUGAAUUGUCGAUUUGAAGUGGAGAACAACACAAAGUUGAAUGCAGAUAUGAUGUGUGGUCCUCCAUAUCAUAAUACUGACGUAGACGUGAAAAUAACAGGAAAUUUAAAGGAUUGCGGAGAACAACUGGAGCAUAAAGCGAGCAACUAUGUAUUCGAACCUGUCACAAUUUUAACUAUUCUAUCUGUAAUUUUUUGUUAUUUGGAUUGA